AUGAGACUUUUUGUAAAGAGGUUUUAUAAAUUUGACCCCAUGCAUAGCGCAAUAAUGAUCAAUGUAAAUAUAUUUUAAAAAGCCAAAAUCUGGGUAUGUGCAUUUCGGCCUCACGUUAUUUGUGUUUUGAAAAUCAUUCCGGAAUACAAGGAACCGAUGCCCAUAGUAAGAAACCGUGUCUUCUUUAUCCAUUUCGAAUUGCGCUUUUCCUGUUUUUUUUUUCCGUCAAGUCUAUUUUUAUCCAUUUGGGAGUAAUAACGCCGAGUCGACGACGAACAUGUUAAGCGUUCAUCUGGACAGUUGAGCAUACAAUUUGACAGGAUGAAGAUAUUUCUAGCGCACGGUGCAACCAUUGUCACUUCCGUAAUUAUUUCGCGGUUGAUCUAUUUAAACAGAUUUGCUAAGUAGGAUGGACGUCUCAGUCCAAUUACAUAAAAUUGAAUAUUUAAUUAUUUUUCACAAGCCAUUUAAAUGGAAAUUGUUGUCAAAUCCAACCAUCGAUUAUUGUGAGCCAAUGCGUAAGGACUUUAACCAUGUCUUCUCUUCCAAGCACGUUCAAUCACUCGUUGAUCAGCAAUGGAACCAACUGUUCGUCAACUGAACGAUCCUCGGCAUCCAUCCACCAAGAGGUUUGGCUCGUGUCACUUCUGCUUGUAGUUAUUAUCGGUCUGAGUCUUAAUCUUUCCGUCAUCUCACUCGUGAUGAUGAAAAAAGUGCCGCGAAGGAACAUGAAUCUUCUGGUCGCUAACAUGGCAUUCAGCGACUUUUUAUCUCUUCUACUUGAGCCUUCGUCUCUUUUGUCCCAAAUGACGGUAAACUCGCCAUGGAUUGGGGUUAGUUAUCUGGCUGAUGUGACUUGUAAGUUUUACACCUUCGUGAUGAACACAUCCACAUGGGUUUCCCUUGUAACGCUUUUGGUCAUCUCCGUGGAAAGGUUUCGGGCAGUGUCAUCUGUUGUACAUUUUACGGAAAAACGCAGCGUUCUCAUUAUCCUGUUACUUGUGUCCUGGGUUUUACCUGGACUGCUAAACUCUAGUACUUUUGCUUUCUGCGCGGCUAAUAACAUCGGAGGGACAUUUCAAUGCUUGUGCGUCUUUACAAUGCAGUCAGCUAUCUAUGCUGUUGCUGCAAAUGUCAUCUUCGUGUUAUUGGUGAUCGUAAUUCUCUGCCUCAAUUUUGCAAUUAUACGUAAACUUGUUCGCUCUCAAGUGGCGAUACACAUCCCAGAGGCUCAGCAACAAAAGCGAGCUCGAAGGUUUCGCUCUGCGACGCGCAUGGUUCUAAGUUCUCUUUUACUGUUUGUACUCUGUGCGACCCCCCUCUACAUAGUGCUCACAAUCUUUAGAAUGCAGUUUUUAUUGGGAGUUCCAAUUCUUAGUGAGUGGAGCGGGAAUAUGAUUAAUGCAGUAACUGUUCUGUUUUUUGUUAAUCCUGCCGCAAGCCCGAUCAUCUACUUUGUAUUUCUCGGCGACUUUAGAAAAGUGUUACGCAAGUUUUUCUGCAGAAAGAAGGUUAUUGGUCAACCGAAUGCGGAACCGGGAUUACCACUUACUUAAUGAGGAACCGGAAGAACUAUACUCUUAAUGUGGAACCGGAUGAACUACACAUUUAAUUAAUGUCCUUCGGGAAAAACUGUCUGUGAACAAAUCUGAAAUAGGGUUGGUAACUGUUUAGGAGUUCAGAAACCGGAGGUCUCUUAUAAGUGCUAAUGCCUAAAGGUGAACAUCGCACUAAAAAAUGAACUUAUAACUUUAGAAAUCAGACUUUUGGAACCUUCUCGUGUGCGACUUCCAGUUUGUCCUUAUCUGUUUGAAUUAUAUUUUCUCAUCUUAUUAAAAAAAAAACAGGUCCUCUAUUCGUUGCAGCCCGAACUGCCAAUUGUUCUUUUAAAUCAUAUAAUAUAUGGUAAAUGAGGUAGAAAACUUGAGUCGAACAUUACUUAAAAUCCACUACAUUUCCUUCCACUUCCUUCUUAUUUGAAUUGUUUUAUUAUUUUCAUGACAUGACGCUGCAAAUAAGCCCGUUUCUCAUCUAAUAAGUCAGAAAAUUUCACUGAGUGCUUAGCUAGUAAUAGCAAACAAGUAUCAAACGCGACAUUUUUAAAUUGAUGCGACUCUUUGUAAAGAGUUUUCAUAAAUUUGAGCUUUUCGUCCCUGAGCCCAUGCAUAGCGCAACGAUGAUUUAUGUAAAUAUAUCUUAAAAAGCCAAAAUUUGGGUAUAUGCAUUUCUGCCUGACGUUAUUUGUGUUUUGAAAACCAUUCCAGAAUACAAGGAACCGAUGCCCAUAGUAAGAAAUCAAGUCUUUUUCAUCCAUCUCAAAUUACGCUUUUUCUGGUUUUUCCGUCAUGUCUAUUUUAAUCCAUUUGGAGUAAUAACGCCUAGUCUGCGACGAACAUGUUAAGCGUUCAUCUGGACAGUUGAGCAUACAAUUGGGCAGGAUGAAGAAGAUAUUUCUAGCGCACGGUGCAACAUUUGUCACAAUCGGAAUUAUUUCGCUGUUGCUCUAUAGAAACAGAUUGGCUCAGUAGGAUGGACGUCUCAGUCCACUUACAUAAAAUUGAAUAUUUAAUUAUUUUUCAUAAGCCAUUGGCAUGGAAACGUUUGUCAAAUCCAACCAUUUCGUUCGAUUAUUGUUAAGCCUUCUGCGUUAGGACUUUAACCAUGUCGUCUCCUCCAAGCAUGUUCAAUCACUCGCUGAUCAGCAAUGGAACCAAAACUUCGUCAAGUGAACGAUCCUCGGCAUCCAUCCACCAAGAGGUUCGACUUUACUCUUAAUGAGGAACCGGAUGAACUACACAUUUAAUGUGGAACCGGAAGUACCAACCAAUAAGGAACCGGAAGAACUACACAUUAAAUGUGGAACCGGAAGUACCACUCAAUAAGGAAGCGGAAGAACUAUACUCUUAAUGAGGUACAGGAUGAGCUACACAUUUAAUUAAUGUCCUUCGGGAGAAACUGUCAGGAAAAAAAUCUGAAAUAGGGUUGGGAACUGUUCAGGAGUACAGAAACCGGAGGUCUCUUAUAAGUGUUAAUGCCUAAAGGUGAACAUCGCACUAAAAAAAUGAACUUAUAACUUUGGAAAUCAGACUUUUGGAAACUUCUCGUGUGCGACCUCCAGUUUGUCCCAACCUGUUUGCAUUAUAUUUUCUCGUCGUAUUCAAAAGAACCAGGUCCUAUCCGUCGCAGCCCGAACUGUCAAUUGUUCUUUUAAAUCAUAUAUGGUAAAUGAGGUAGAAAACUUCAGUCGAACAUUACUUAAAAUCCACUACAUUUUCUUUUACUUCCUUCUUAUUUGAAUUGUUCUAUUAUUUUUAUGACAUGACGCUGCAUAUAAGCCCAUUUCACAUCUAAGGCAGAAAAUUUCACAGAGUGCUUAGUGAGUAAUAGAAAACACAAUAUCAAACGCGACUUUUUGUGAAUUGAUGCGACAUUUUGUAGUGUCAUUGAAAUUUGAGCUUUUCGUCCCUGAGCCCAUACAUAGCGCAAGGAUGAUCAAUGUAAAUAUAUCUUAAAAAGCCAAAAUUUGGGUAUGUGCAUUUCGGCCUCACGUUAUUUGUGUUUUGAAAAUCAUUCCAGAAUACAUGGAACCGAUGCCCAUAGUAAGAAAUCGUGUCUUAUUAAUCCAUUUCGAAUUGCGCUUUUCCUGUUUUUUUUUUUCCGUCAAGUCUAUUUUUAUCCAUUUGGGAGUAAUAACGCCCAGUCGACGACAAACAUGUUAAGCAUUCAUCUGGACAGUUGAGUAUACAAUUGGACAGGAUGAAGAAGAUAUUUCUAGCGCACGGUGCAACCUUUGUCACAAUCAUAAUUAUUUCGCGGUUGCUCUAUUGAAACAGAUUAGCUCAGUAGGAUGGACAUCUCAGUCCAUUCACAUAAAAUUGAAUAUUUUUCAUAAGCCAUUUAAAUGGAAACGGUUUGUCAAAUCCAACCGUCUCGUUCGAUUAUUGUGAGCUUUCUGCGAAAGGACUUUAACCAUGUCGUCUCUUCCAAGCACGUUCAAUCACUCGUUGAUCAGCAAUGGAACCAACUGUUCGUCAACUGAACGAUUCUCUGCAUCCAUCCACCAAGAGGUUUGGCUCGUGUCACUUCUGCUUGUAGUUAUUAUCGGUCUGAGUCUUAAUCUUUCCGUCAUCUCACUCGUGACAAUGAAACAAGUGCCGCAAAGGAACACGAACCUUCUGGUCGCUAACAUGGCAUUGAGCGACUUUUUAUCACUUCUACUGGAGCCUUCGUAACAUUUGUCCUACAUGACAAAGGGAAACUUGUCAUGGAUUGGGGUUGGUUAUCUGGCUGAUGUGACUUGUAAGUUUUAAGCCUUCAUGAUAGACACAUCCACAUGGAUUUCCCUUGUAACGCUUUUGGUCAUCUCCAUGGAGAGGUUUCAAGCGGUGUCAUGCGUUGCACAUGUGCCGGAAAAACGCAGUGUUUUCAUUAUCUUGCUGCUUAUGUCCUGGGUUUUACCUGGACUGCUUAACUCUGGUCUACUAACAUUAGAGGGGCAUUUCAAUGCUUGCGCAUCACUACAAUGCAAUCAGAGCUUUAUGGCGUUGCUACAAAUGCCACCUUCAUCUUAUUGGUGAUCGUAAUUCUCUGCCUCAAUUUUGCAAUUAUACGUAAACUUGUUCGCUCUCAAGAGGCGAUACACAUCCCAGGGGCUCAGCAACAAAAGCGAGCUCGAAGGUUUCGCUCUGCGACGCGCAUUGUCCUAAGUUCUCUUUUACUGUUUGUACUCUGUGCGACCCCCCUCUACACAGUGCUCACAAUCCUAAAAAUGGAGCUUUUAUUGGGAGUUCCAAUUCUUGGUGAGUGGGGAGUGAAUAUGAUUAAUGCAUUACAUGUUCUGUUUUUUGUUAAUCCUGCCGCAAGCCCGAAGAACUACACACUUAAUGCGGAACCGGAAGUACCAACCAAUAAGGAACCGGAAGAAAUACACACUAAAUGUGGAACCGGAAGUACCACUCAAUGAGGAACCGGAAGAACUUCUCACUUAAUGUGGAACCGGAAGUGCCACACAAUGAGAAACCAGAAGAACUACUCACUUAAUGAGGAACCGGAAGAACUAUUCACCUAAUGAGGAACCGGAAAAAACUACACACUUAGUGUUGAACCGGAAGUACCACUCAAUGAGGAACCAGAAGAACAAAUAGACACCAAAAAUAUGGUAACAUCAACAGAUAUUAAUGUGAAACUGAGAAAAAAUGACAACUUAAGCAAAAACGUUGAUGUUACCAUAUAACAAGCAAUUGUUGGUAGUUUAUUGUAUGCGGAAAUGGCAACACGGCCAGACAUUGCUUAUGUAGUGGGAGAAUUAUCCAAAUUUUGUUCAAGUCCUGACGAAUCUGACAUCUGCAAAGCGAAUUCUAACAAGAUAGUUUAAGGGAACUAUGCAAUACAAUAUAUUUGUUUUUUUUUUUAAACUGGGUUGUUUUAGUUUUAGAAUUAUGACCUUUUUAUGCCUUUUUCGUCUAACUCGCUUAUGCUUUAUAGUUUCGUCUACAAAUAGCACGUCUAUUGUGAACAAGAAGUGGACUUUCGGCCCUUGUGGGGGGGAGGUGCAAAUGUAUACUCCCUGCACCCCCCUCAGUAAGGGCCUGAUAAACUUUCAAGGAGGUGUUAUUUCAUUACUACACACUUAAUGAGGAACCAGAAUUACUUUCAAAUUAAUGAGAGACUUUAUGAGUGGAACUUAGUGAGAAACUGGAGGUGUCACUUACUAAUUGUAAUGAGGAACCGGAAGUACCACCGGUCAACACAACACUUCAGUGCAAUAAGGAAUACUCUAAAAUGUUAUGUUGGCAAAUACAAAGUAUUGCAAUCAAUUGAAUUAAUUAAAUAUAUAUACUUUCAAUUUAAAUAAAUGUUUAUCCUUUCAA